AAAAACAAAAUGGUGACUCCUAGGCACAGGUUUCAACAACCAGGAAUCUCUUUCAACAUGGCCCAGAACAACUCCGCAAACAACAUGAUCGCUACACACCAAAGGCGCAAUCGCACCAAAUUCACAGCCGACCAGUUGAAAAUCCUCAUCAACACCUUCAACCAAAAACCUUACCCGGGUCAUGCCACCAAACAAAAACUUGCUUUAGAAAUUAACGCUGAAGAGUCGAGAAUCCAGAUUUGGUUUCAGAAUCGAAGAGCUCGACAGUCAUUCCAGAGAAGAACAGAACCCGAGCAGGCCUUGGAAUCAAGCCAGGCCCACAGGCAACACCUCCCUGUGGAGAGUCAAGCUACUCUAGAUAGACGGUGCCGCACCUGCUAUACAUCUUCCCAAUUAUGCACUCUCAUCAAGGCGUUCAAGAACAACCCUUACCCUGGGAUUGAUUCCAGAGAACAGCUUGCUAAAGAAAUUGGGGUUCCAGAGUCAAGAGUCCAAGUUUGGUUUCAAAACCGAAGAUCUAGAUUAUUUGCCCAGAGAAAAAGAGAACCUGAUGAGAUCUUAGAACAAAUACAAGACAAGGGGCAAAAUCCCUGAGAUGAGAAGGUUCACGGCAUAGAAGCGACGCAAAAUAUCACCAAUCUCACUAGCAACUGUUUUAUUUCUCUGGAACAAGAAUGAGGGGGCACAGAAACUAGUUCAGUGUAUCUGAUAUCAUCAUCCUGAGCCCCAAAUAUUUCUCACUCUUGCUGGGGAUGCACCCUUCCUCUGAGACUGCAAGUUGAGCAUUCUGGAAAUGUUAAGCAAGACUUCGGGGACAGAGAUGGGUCCAA